UCCAAGCCUUCUACUACUCCUUCUCUCUCUCUCUCUCUCUCUCUCUCUCUCUCUCUGAUCUGCACUCCAGCUCGAGAUGCUGAUAAUGCUGAGGACGAAGAGAAGGUCCAGCUCCAGCAAUGUCGUCGCGACGGCCAUUAUCGCAGUUCUCGUCCUCCUCGUCAUGCAUGUUAUGGGCUCGUCGGAAUCGGAAGGACAAGAGCAGCUACAGCUUCGAGUCGGGUUUUACUCCAAAAGCUGUCCACCGGCUGAGUCCAUCGUCCACGCCGUCGUCAAAGAGGCGGUCCUCUCGGUCCCUCGGAACGCCGCCGUCUUGCUUCGGAUUCAUUUCCACGACUGCUUCGUUGAGGGAUGCGACGGGUCGAUCCUGAUCGACAAUGGGGAUAUCAGCGAGCGGCACGCAGGGGCACAUGCGGGUGUCGGAGGCUUUGAGAUAAUUGAAGCGGCCAAAGCUCGCUUGGAAAGCACUUGUCCUGGGGUCGUCUCUUGCUCCGAUAUCGUAGCUAUGGCUGCUAGAGAUGCUGUUUUCUUGAGCAAUGGCCUGUUCUAUGAGGUGCAGACGGGGAGAAGAGACGGCCGCGUCUCAAACUGGACGCUCGCUGCAGAUAUGCCGGAUGUGAAUGACUCGAUUCAUAUGCUCAAGGCCAAGUUUAGACAGAAGGGGCUUAAAGAUAAAGACCUCGUUCUUCUCUCCGCUGCGCAUACCAUCGGAACAACCGCGUGUUUCUUCAUGGGCACGCGGCUCUACCAAUUCAAUUCCACAGGCGGGUCAGACCCUGCGAUUAACCCUCGCUUCCUUCCGGUUCUCAAGUCCAUAUGCCCCCCCGGUGGGGAUGUCAACGUGAGAUUGGCUCUGGAUGCCGCCACUGAGUUCGUGUUCGAUGAUCUGAUACUUCACAACAUCAAGAACGGAUUUGCCGUGAUAUCUUCGGACGCGAGGCUCUAUGACAGCAGACACACCAGGCGGAUAGUUGAUCUGUAUACUCAGAAUGGGACUUCUUAUAAGCACGAAAAACCACCGUCCUUCAAGGUGGAUUUUGCAGCUUCGAUGGUGAAGAUGGGUCGGAUUGGCGUGAAGACGGGUUCCCAAGGAGAGAUUAGGAGAGUUUGCAGCUCUUUCAAUUAAUUGGGUGUGCUGAAUUAUGUUAUUAAUGCAGCGUUAAUAUAUAGCAAUUACUUGUAGAUUUGGUUAUGUAUAUUGGGUGGUCAUUAAUUUAGGGAGUUAGAAUACGCCUCUCUUUAGUUUACUUGUCAUGUGUAGG